AACGUGUGUCGUAAGUUUGUGAUACACACGCUGAUGUGGCGAGGUGAUGGCCGGGAACUGUCACCAGUAGGGACCGUCAACUUAAAUGGAGACAUACUUUUACACUCCAGUAUAUUUCCUAAUGUACACUUCGGAUUUAACCAAAGGAAUUUUGUUGUUUCUACUCAACCGGUGUUCCCGUUUGAGUUCCAAACCAACACCUCAUUCGAAGGUCUGUGCAUAGAUCUACUGGCACAGUUGGCAGUAGAACUGAACUUCACUUUUGAAGUGAUAGUUCCCCCCGAUGGAGAUUUUGGAGUGAUGCUGGAUAAUGGCAGCUGGACAGGACUUAUAGGACAACUACAGAGGAAGGAUGUAGACCUUGUGGCUGCUCCUCUGUCAAUCACAAUGCAGAGGGAACGCGUCAUGGACUUCAUUCAUCCAUUUUUUCACGACCAUUCCGAAGUUUUAAUUCAGAAACCGGAUCCACAGGAAACAAAAUGGCGUACUUUGAUCGACCCAUACAGUGACACUGUCAUUAUCAGUAUCGGGUUGUCCCUGCCCCUCGCAUCCCUUGUACUUGUGGCACUGGAAAACAUCAGCCCCGUCUACAGUGGAGAUGAGAGAGAACCCAACGGAAGUGACCUUAACUCCUUCUUGGGAUCUUUCUGGUACCUAUUUGGAGCUCUUUUAACACAAGGUGGAAAGUACACACCCAAUGCUAUGUCUAGCCGGCUUUUUGUUGGCAUGUGGUGGCUUUUCUGUAUCAUAUCCUUGGCGACAUACAGCGGUAAUCUCAUCGCCUCCCUCACGGUAUCUAAGGAGAAGCUGCCAUUUAAAUCCCUCAAAGAGAUGGUCUCUCAGGAAAGAUUUAUUUGGGGAACGUUUGGUGGUACCGUAUUUGUCACCAUGUUCCAGGAGUCCGUGAUACCAGAGUACAAUGCCAUCUGGAGAGGAAUGGUUCGGUUUAACGCCACUGACCCCUCCGUUCUUAACAAGAACCCUGACCAACACAUGCAGAAAGUCCUGGGUGGAAACUAUGCCUACAUAGCGGCCAAAUCCGAAGUGGACACUCAGAUGACGAAGCAGUGUGGUCUUGCUACAAUAGACGAGAAAUUCCUACAUAUGCAAUACGCGUUUGGCGUACCCAAUAACUCACCAUACACUGAUAUAUUUUCUCUUAAAACUAUGAAGAUUUUAGAGAGUGGACUUAUGAAUGUUUGGGAGAGAAAAUGGUGGUCGCGACAGAAAAUGUGCUACGAGGCGACAUGGGAUCAGCAUAAGGUUAUAGACUUAAUGGAUGUGCAAAGUGCUUUCUACCUGAUCGGUAUAGGGAUUGUCCUGGCUUCACUCGUCAUCGGCGUAGAGUGGAUAUGUUUCAGAAUUAUCAGGAGGAACAGUAAACAUCAACCUGCUGAAUUAUACGCUACAGAUAUAUCGGCUUUACCGGUGUGAUAUUCGUUAAACAUUAUUCUACACACAUAUAUUGUGACCAUUUUUCCAAUCAUCCAUAAUUUUGUUUUUAAAUAAAAAAAAAAACUUGCUUUAAAGAAAUUAAAAAACACCAUCAGACCAUCAGACGGAUAAAAACAUUGAAGUAACGUAUUGAAUCAGAGAAGAAAUUUUGAACAAAGAUGGAAUACUUUUGUUUAUAAUAGGAAUGGGAUUGAGGUAACUGAUACAUGUUUCGUUAUCGGUUUUUACACCAUAAUAUAUUCAAUAGUAAUAACGAAAUUGUUUAACGCUUUACUUAUCUUAGAUAAGAGGGGUUGUGAAACGAUAAAUACUGAAAAAAUAUGUCUAUAAGUGCAUAUUAUUCCUUUAAUAUAUACGUUUCAACAUGUAUUUUCAUUCUAUAUUGAUCAUAAAAAAAAAAAAACUUUCCACAGAUAUGCUACAUUGUAGAAGUUUAACGGUGGCCAUCAUGACUUUGUUACUAGAAAAUGUCUAUGUGUAUUGGGACUGAAGAUUCAUCGCGUCACAGAUCGUUGUGGGCUGCUUAAUUUACUGAGUCUGACUAGAAAACAAAUGACCGAUGCCGCGUGAGAUACAGUCCAACCAAGCCUUUUAUAAAAACACAUGUAUUUCGCCCUCUGUUUCGUUUUUUUUUAUCUUGAUGUCCUCAGUUCCUGCUGGUGCCUUUUCCUGUUUCUUCAGAUACUGUCCUUGUACAUAUGUGUUGAUGCUGUUCUAUGCUAUUUUGGACAUGUUGCAACAUCAAGAAAGCAUGUGUCUGGAGUACUUUCAGUACUUUGAUUAUUUCUUACCUUAUACAUCUAUAUCGGAAUCAAGUAAAUCCAGCCUUGUAUAUUGAAAGAUGAACAUAACACACAGUUGAUUGCACCUUUAAAAAUUGGUACUGUAUAGAGAUAUACUGUAAAAUAAUAAAUUUUCGUGGGACAUUAAAUAUCGUUUAUUUCGUUGAUAACAAAAGUCAACGAAAUUA